AUCAGCUGUUAGCACUAUAGAAGUUCACAUUUGUUUAAAUCAAUACGAUUUUUGUGUAUUUAAAACUUUUAACUUUAAAUAAAAACCUAAAUUUGUGAAAUACCGCAUAUGCGGAAGUAAACUAUGCAACGUUUAAUUAUAAAACGUUUGCUAGGAACUAUGACAUCACUCAAACCAUUUAAUGCUGCAAUUCCUAAAUAUGGAGCUGGCACGCAGCCUUUCACCGUUCUAAUUGAAGGCAAUAUUGGUAGUGGAAAGACUACGUUCAUUGAACAUUUUCAAAAGUUUGAGGACAAAGUUUGCGCCAUGGCGGAGCCGGUGGAGAAAUGGCGAAAUUUUAAAGGAUACAAUUUAUUGGAAUUGAUGUAUAUUGAUCCGGAUCGCUGGGCGAUGCCAUUUCAAUCGUAUGUGAUGCUGACGAUGUUGGAACGACAUACAAAACCUACAGACAAACCUAUAAAGAUCCUAGAACGCUCGUUAUACAGUGCAAAGUACUGCUUUGUUGAGAAUUUACACAAGAGUGGCCUUAUACAUGAUGGCAUGUAUGAAAUACUGAAAGAAUGGUAUUCAUAUGUUGAAGACAUUACACACAUACAAGCCGACUUAAUAGUGUAUUUGCGGACGACACCUGAGGUGGUAUAUGAGCGUAUACGUAAACGCGCACGUUCCGAAGAGUCAUGUGUGCCACUUGAGUAUAUCAAACAGUUGCACGAACUGCAUGAAGAUUGGUUGAUACGAAAAAAAAUGGGAUCUAACAUUAAAGUACUAGAAAUUGAGGCGGAUUUAGAUCUCUCUGAAAUCGAUCGGGAGUACAAACGAUCUGAGAAUGUAAUUACAGCUUCAAUCCAACAACAAAGACCAGUAGUGACAGCAUCUCCCAGUAAGCGUUCGGAUUUUUUGGGUUAGAUAAAAUAGGAAGCAUUUUAGCUAAAUUCCUCAAAACAUUCUGACAUAUUUAGCUGUUCUCAACAUCUCUAGAUAUAUUUUUUCAAAAAUUGUAAAAUUUCGAAAUAAGUUAUGAAAAUCAUAUAUUAUAGUUUUAAUGACUAAUGUAGUUAUACUUUUUUAGAUAUGUAAGAAUGAUGUGCAUUUUAAGAUAAAAUAUAUAUGACUAGCAUAAAUACAAUAAAA